AUGCUUGCUUCGAGAACACCAGUGGUUUACCGGGCUAAGCCCAUGACUCGUCCCAUUAUGGGGUUCGUUCGUAAUGCUUUGGGGUUGGAUCCUCCGGCUUCGCCGGACGAUCCUACCCCAGAGAAUAGGUUCCAUCCAUGGGACCAAUCUCCUUCGCCCGAUUUGCGCGAGCGUGCAGCAAGGAUUAAGGCCAUGGCAACAUGUCCAGUGACGCAUAAGGAUAUCCAGUUCACAUGCCCACUAUCAGGGAUUCCCACUCACCAUUCAAGAGAGGCCUGGGAAAAGGACACGGAGUACCAUAAGAGCAAGAGAUAUGAGUUAUUGAAGAAAGUUAACAUAUACGAGCAUGAUCUUAGAUCGGGUAGGCCAUUUCCCGAGUUUGAUUUCCCACAAGACCAAGACUAUGAUAGGAUGGUUAACAUGAGCAACUGGGAUUUGUUCUUUUACACGCGUUCGUUUUAUUCUAUGGAUACAGAGUUUCAGCUAGCUGCAGUAACGAAGAUGUUGAGUUAUCCAAUCACGAUUGGAUCUGUGCUACACCAGUACUCUCCGUACUCUUUGAACCCUAAGGGUCCCAUAACUUUGGAAGGUUUGAAGUCGUUAGCUGCUCUACGUUACACGUUGUACCCAGAACAAUCUGGUAGAUUUAGAGCUGGUCAGGAUACACCUAUCAGAAUAUUUAUUCUUGGAACUCGUGCCGAAGCACAGCUACCGGGUCACGUUUGGAAACAAUUACAAUAUUUGAUUCCAGAUACAAGCAUAGAGUUGCACUUCGUUGGGCCUGAAUCCUUCUACGAUAGAGAAAAGAGAUCUUACGUACAAUCUUCCACGGAGACCAUUGUCAAGAGAAUCGAUGAAAAGAUGCAACUGUUCUACCAUACAGAUUUCUUCCAUGUGUUCCAUGAAGCACAAGAUUUCUUCCCAUAUGAUCCGUAUAACGAUGUGUUCUUCUGUUUCCACCCAGGGUUCGCUGCUCCAGAGACUGAGGAAUAUUGGAUGGGUGACACAAUGAAGGCUUUAAUGCAAACUAAAUGUGCUGUGUUCACCACUGGAUUCUCAAAAGAAGAUUUAUUAAGAGAUAUAAGCAUUGUUCAGGACAAGUAUGGAUCUGAACUCGAUAUGUUGAUGGAACCUGUGCCAAAUGUCUUUGGAAGUACUAAAUGGGAAUUGAACGAUACCAACCCUCACGAAGUAUAUCAAUUCAAUAUGUACAUCGCUGGUUUCAGAGGUAAGAGAUACCAUGCUAUUGAAUUGUGA